CGUGAGUGUAUAUCCAUGCACGUGGGCCAAGCGGGUGUCCAGAUGGGCAACUCCUGUUGGGAGUUGUAUUGUCUGGAACACGGUAUUCAACCGGAUGGAACCAUGCCAUCCGACAAAGCUUCCGGUUCCAACGAUUGCUUCAACACCUUCUUCAAUGAGACAGGCUCCGGCAAGAUGGUACCGCGCGCUAUAAUGAUCGAUCUCGAGCCAACUGUCGUCGAUGAAAUUCGGAUGGGAACGUACAAACAUCUGUAUCAUCCAGAGCAAUUAAUUACUGGUAAAGAAGAUGCAGCCAAUAAUUAUGCUCGAGGUCAUUAUUCCAUCGGGAGUGAGAUCAUCGAGUCCGUGAUGGACCGAGUGCGCAGGUUGACCGAUCAGUGCACCGGUCUACAAGGUUUCUUCGUCUUUCACUCCUUUGGGGGUGGCACAGGAUCUGGUUUCACGUCUUUGCUCAUGGAAAAACUGUCCGACGAUUAUGGCAAGAAGAGUAAAUUGGAAUUUGUCAUAUAUCCUGCGCCGCAAGUAUCUACGGCCGUAGUGGAGCCUUACAAUGCUGUAUUAACAACACACACGACAAUCAGUCAUUCCGAUUGCGCGUUCAUGGUAGACAACGAAGCGAUCUAUGAUAUUUGUCGGCGUAAGCUCGGCAUCGAGCGGCCUUUGUACGCAAAUCUGAACCGGCUGAUCAGCCAGGUAGUGUCGUCGAUCACGGCGUCCUUAAGAUUCGACGGCGCCCUGAACGUCGACCUGACCGAGUUCCAGACGAAUCUGGUGCCCUAUCCCCGCAUACAUUUCCCCUUGGCAACCUAUGCUCCGGUGGUGUCUUCCGAAAAGGCCUACCACGAGGGUAUAUCGGUCGCCGAGAUCACUUCUGAGUGCUUCGAGGCGACAAAUCAAAUGGUCAAGUGUGAUCCGCGCGAGGGUAAAUACAUGGCUUGUUGCCUCCUGUAUCGCGGGGACGUCGUACCCAAAGACGUUAAUGCCGCGAUCGCCGCUAUGAAGGGCAAGAGCUACAUCCGCUUUGUCGACUGGUGUCCCACAGGUUUCAAAGUUGGAAUUAAUUAUCAACCACCCACAGCCGUUCCAGGAGGCGAUCUUGCAAAGGUUCAACGAGCUGUCUCUAUGCUGUCUAACACGACUGCUAUAGAAGAAGCUUGGGCCAAGCUCAAUCACAAAUUCGAUCUAAUGUACAAAAAGCGAGCGUUUAUUCAUUGGUAUGUGGGAGAAGGUAUGGAAGAGCUCGAAUUCGCAGAAGCGCGUGAGGACCUUGCGGCACUCGAAAGGGAUUAUGAGGAAGUUGCUCUUGAAUCGCCGUCUACACCGGAUACAUCGUUGGAGUUUUAACACAUGUUUUUGGAAAAUCUUUUAGGCCGGCAUAUUAUUUUUUCGCUACCCUACUACAAAGUGAAAAUUAUACCAAAAACGUCAGUGCUAAAUUUUGUGUAGUAAUAUAUAUAUUUAUUCUCGUAUAAAAUUGUCACCGUAUUUUAUAGAAAAGUAUUUUGUAAACAUUCUUUAUAAAACAAAUAUAAAAAUAUAUGAGUGUUGCAUCACUUCAUAA